UUCUUUCUUUAUCGCCUGCUCCAUUUCUCCCACACACAAGGCAAAUAAAGCAGGUAACUCAUGACUCCUCAACGUCUGGUUCAGUGAAGAUUCUAGAAGUGGCCGUGUGUGGAACCAGGGGCCACAGCAGCUUCAGCUCCUCAUCUCAAUGGCCGAUAUGAAUGGGACAAAGUCUCCAGUCAACUUGCUUCCAACCAGCGCGAGCAGCUCCAACAGCACCUGGCAGAACGACGCAGUCCUGGGAGUCCAAAUGGCCGUUACUUUGGCCAUCUUCCUGGUGGGCGUGCCCCUGAACGGGCUGGUGGUCUGGGCUCUCGGAUUGCGCCACAACCGCUACCUGAUGCGCAGAGGCAGCGGCGGGGAGACGCGCGCCGCCAGCAGCUUCCGCAUCUACGUCCUGAACCUGGCCCUGGCCGACCUGGUGCUGCUCGUGCGCAUCCCCCUGAUGUUGGGAUACGUGGGCAACAGGAACAGCUGGCCCUUCGGAAACAUCCUGUGCCACCUGACCAUGUUCCUGCGCGUGCUGGGCUUGUACGCCUCCGCCUUCCUCCUGUGCGCCGUGGCCCUGGAGCGAUGCCUGUGUCUGCUGAGGCCCGUGUGGGCUCGCCUGCGACGCCCCCCCUGGGCCGUCCCUCUGGCCUGCGGCGUCUUGUGGCUGAUGGCCACCGUCUUCUCUGCGCCGUACCUGUACCACGCCGUCCUGAACAACACGGCGGGGAGGUUGCAGUGCCAGGAGAGCGGCGAGUUCAACGUGGGGCUGUUCGUGACGGAGACCGUGGCGGGGUUCAUCUUGCCCCUGCUGGUGUUCUUGGGCAGCAACGUGGCCGUGUUGCUCAGCAUCAGGCACGCGGUGCCGCUGACGCCGACCUCCUCGGGCCCUUCCACGAGCCGCAGGAUGACCCGGAUGUACCACUUGAUGUUCCUCACCAUGCUCCUCUUCCUCACCUUCUGGGUGCCGUAUUUUGUCUGUCGGUUCCUGUGGGCCGUGGCUCAAGGCCGACCGGACCGGAAUGCGCUGUUUAAAGGAGCAUCGUUGGGCAAAUACAUUUCUCUGUACAUGGUGUACAUCAAGUGUGCUCUGAACCCGGUGCUUUACGUGUUUGCUGCGCGAGGAUUAGGCAGCGCGAUCCGGGCUUCGCUCGUCUCCACUAUUGAAAGGCUCUUCAACGACGACUCCUCAGAGUCCAUACGUAGGAAGUCCCUCAAGAACUCUCUGAAAAACUGACAAAUAUAAUCCAGAGAAAACAUCUGUUUUUAACGUUUAACUUGCGGAUUUUCAGUUUUCUUUUUCUUGUUAAAAACAAAUGCCUAGAAUGAUUUUGGAAAGAAAGUGAAAUCUCAUAAAUAUAACUUUUAGCUGGUUCAUCCAUUUGCUCAUAUUUUCCUAAAAAGUGAGCUGCGUUUAUGGAACAGAAAGACUUGAGUUACUGGAUUGCAAAGUUUAUGCUUUAGGCCACGGCCUUCCAAAUGUGUUCAAAAGCAAUUGCAAAAGCACAAAUAACUCAUAUUUCCACAUUUCUUAUAUGUAUAUCCUUGGCAUUAAAAGGUUUGAUUCCUGAUGAUGACACUAGGUCUUUCAGAGACAUCUUAUGUCCUGUGAUUUGUCAGACAGCCGCUACGAGUGAAACGUUGCACGACGAGGAAUGUGCGCCUCAACCAACCCUGAACCCGCCUUGGUUUCGCUACUGUCAGCCAAGAUAAAUGGAUUUAACUGUCGGUGAGAGUACAUGGCCAAAGAUGUGAGGAAUGCUGCUUCUGUUGCAACGCGCUAAAGGCCGGGACAUACUUGGGCAUCAAAGUGAAUUCAUGAAUCAUCUUGUCUGCUAACCCUAAUGGGCAAGGAGCACCCUCAUGGUAAUUAGCCAAUGCAAGUCUCCUUUACCCAGAGUAACCUUUUUCUUCCAAGCUGACGCACUGAAAGCCUUCAUGCACCAUCUCUGCUGUGUUCCGAGGAACGGGAUACGGAGUUUAUUUCUUAUCGGUGUCGCAGAUCCAUCGAUCUACGGCGCUCAUGAGGCCCAAACUAAACACGCCCUUGUCUAUGCAGCCGCCUCGUUCUGGUUGUACCGCACGUUAAUGAAUGUAUGUGUCGUA